AAACAAGUCAGAUCACUGUAAAACAAUUUACAAUAGGCUAGCAACUUACUCACCAGCAGAGCAAGAACCAGCGUCUAUAGGAAACAGACCAUUCUGCAUCUGUAUCAAGCUAGGUUUUAGAUUAUGCAGCGAAGGAACCUUAAUCCCUUGCAAAAGCUUGACAGCGAGGACCCUCCCUCAUGUCAGCCAACAAUUGUGUUGCCAGACCUUCCAGACCUCAGAAUUGAGAAGAAAUUGGGCUGUCUAAAAGUCUGUCAUUUUGUGAUUGUCAGCAUGCUUUUCAUAGCACUGACUGGGCUUGUGUUUGGUAUAUGUUACAUAUACCAACUCCAACAAGAUGUUGAGCAACUGAAGCAGAAGAUCAAAGGCGGUCCACAGAACGGACCAGAGAAGCAAAUUGGAGCUGAGGACAUGGCCAAGCCAAAGAAUGAAGUUAAAAUGGCUGCCCACCUUACAGGAAAAGCAACAAGUGAUCAUUCCAGUAGAUUGAUGUGGGAGAAUACUUUGGGUCAUGCCUUUACACAGGGGAUUGUCUACAAGGAUGGAGCAUUGAUCAUCAAUGAAACUGGACAAUACUUUAUUUAUUCAAAAGUCUAUUUCCGUGGAAUGCAAUGUGAGGCAGUCCCAUUACAACAAACUGUAUUCAAACACACUGACAGUUAUCAAAAUGACCUGAGUCUGAUGAAAAUCAGUGUGAUAAAUUACUGUAGUGAUACAGGAACAUGGGGGAAGAACACCUUUCAGGCCGGAAUAUUUCAACUGAGUGAAAGAGUGCGUCUGUUUGUCAGUGUCUCACAUCCAGGACUGGUUAGUGAUAAUGAGUUAAUGACUUUCUUUGGGGUAUACAAGCUUUAGGUCAUGCUCUUAACAUCCAUGUGACCUCCAAACAUAUUAACGAUCUUUGAACUUCAAAUCACAAUGCAACACAGUAAUAAUGUGACACAAAAAGUUCAAAUGGUUGACGACGCUUUGACUAUGCUAAAUUUUUCCUCACACUCCUUU